AUGGAUCGCCCAACAACGCUACACCCAUUAGUCAACAAGGGAGCCCUAGACUACGAGCUCUGUGCAAACCUCCACAAUGCCAUCUGGAAGUUAGCCUGGGCAGGGACCGCACCAGAUACAUGUCCUUAUCCUCCACCAACCUGGUGGGAGCACUUCAACCCACCGGACACCAUCGCUUCGCGGCUGAAUCCGGACCUGAUCGAGUUCUUCAAACGUGCAUACUACUAUCCUGACGUAGCGGGUUUCUUCUAUUUCCUCAACGCUUUGGUCCCUUGUGACCGAUUACUCGACGACAAUGACCAUGGCAGCUAUGACCAGAUCAAGGCGAAAGCGGCAUUUGUGCCUCUCUUUGACCACGUCAGUCCGGUCUGUGAAAAUAACUAUGGCUGGGUGCCUUUGGAAUACGUCUAUAGUGCGUACCUGGAGAUGGUCCAGGAAGGCAAAGUAGAGGUCUUAUCACCGAACGGAAAAUGGAGUCGGCAAUCCACACAUGAUGACUUUGGUCCAUUCCGUCUAUAUGACUACACCACGAAGGAUGUGGAUAAGAGUGUCUGCGCCUUGAAGAGAUUGCUGGAUAGUAUCGACGCUCGCCGUUCGAUGAGUGACUCGGAUGCUGAAGACACAGACGAGGCCAUUCUCCCUUGGGGUGAUCCCUCUACCUUGGAUGCACCGGAUCUCCGACCUGGUACAUUCGCCAGAGACUUCUGCUCCCAGAGUGCCCAGCUAUCCCCCGUGAAAUUCCGUUAUAUUGCCCCGGGGAUUCGAAUGCAAAGCCCCCAGGAGCUGACUUCAUCCCUUCUACAUUUCGCUCCUGGAACGCCGCACCUGUUACCACCGCCUCUAUUGCUGUUCCGAGCGGAUUAUCCAUCUUCCUCCCAUCUUUCACCCCGUGUUGAACAUGCAACAAAUAUAUUCUCCAAAUGCCUUGGCUACCCAGCCAUCCCUCCGGGUCUCUACCUUUCUCACCUUGAUGGACUCAAUUCCGUCUUCGGUAAUGGCUGCCGCCUGGUAUUACCGUUCGGAAUUGGUGCCGCAGGCUGGGCCCGAUUGAGUGACCACGAGGGAAUGGAUGUUCAGGACUGGUCCGAUGAUCCACAGCCCCGAGAUGUCUGUGAUGAUUUAUAUCAGAGCGGGUAUACUGGCUGCUCCCCGCAUCGGGAGGUCCAGUUGCAUAAGGUCUUGAACAGCUGGGCGGAUCGGGUUGAGGCCGGGGAUUGGGAGAUCGGAAGGGAUGGAGUAUGCGGAGGGAUUGAGAAGUUUAAGGAGGCUGAUACACCGGAGGGAUGGAAGAAAUACUGGCUUCCACCGAGUUGGUGA